GCGAGCUCUGUUUGAGCACAAAUUCGGACACAUGACCGCCAUUGUCGACCUGCUUAUCCAUCAUCAUCUCGGAGAUGAUCUUCCCAGCAUCAUCUACGUGAACAUCACCGUUAACAACACCCAAGAUGAGCAGGAUAGCCAGAAUGGAGG